CGGCGAGCCAAACGCAAAACCCCCUUCCCCCAAAAUUUUUGAUCUCCCUCCUCCCUCCCCACCAAAUCCGACGGGCCAAACCCUAGAGGAGCCGACCGGCAUUUCCCCGGCGGCGAGCCAGCGAGCGGGUCGGGGUGCGCCGCCAUGAGCCGCCGCCGGCAGGGCCAGGCGCAGGCGCCCAUCGACCUGGACAGCGACGCUGAGGACGGCUUUGCUUCGGUGAUAAAGUACUCAAGGGAGCUGGGAGUCACCAGCACCUAAUCAAAAUUUCAAAAGCAGUGAGAGAGGGAGGCACAGAGGGGGUGAUGGAGGAAGAAUAAGGGGAAAACCAAUCAUCAAGGCCAAUCAGCCACCACAUCUGCCAUUCCGAUUGGAUCUCAUGCCAGUGGCUGUUGUAGCACUCCCUCCAGUCAGCUGCCAGCAGCGGAUCUGACAGGGUGCAGCUGCGGCAGUGUAUCUGAGUGCAAAAACAAGCGAUCUCGAACAAGUAGAAUGGCAGCAUUGAAGACAUCUGGGAGAUCCAAACAUGCAUUACCUUCCUUUUACAAUAAUCUCCCCCAAAACAGAAGUUCACGCAUUGCAACUAGCAGGAGGGACAAGGCAAAUCAAGACAAGUUGAAUACUGAUAUUUUUGAAUUAUACAUGGAGGAUCUUUGGAAGCACAUUGAUGAAGACAAGAAGAGUGCUUAUGCAUACUUUGAUUCUUUAUGGUUUAACAUGUAUUACUGUGGGCAGAAUAUACCCAAUGUCCUUAAAUGGAUAAAGGCUAAGAGAAUAUUUUCAAGGCAAUAUGUUUUUGUUCCUAUUGUUUGUUGUGGACACUGGAGCCUCCUUGUCUUAUGCCACUUUGAUGAGACAAACUGCUCAGACAUUAAGAAAGGACCACGCAUGAUAGUGCUGGACUCACUUAAUACGGCAGAUCCGACAAGGUUUCAAUCUGCCAUCAGAAAAUUCAUUGCUGACAUUUACGAAACUGAAGAGCGGGAAGAAAGCAAGCAGUUCAUAAACAAAAUCCGCCUCGAGUUUCCCAAGGUGCCACAGCAAAAUGGAGAAGAAUGUGGGAUUUAUGUUCUUUAUUUCAUCCAGUGUUUUCUUCAAAACAAAAAACUGGCAGAAGUUCUUGAAAAUAAAAAAUUGGAAGAAGAUUUCACCCAGCUACUUGACGAUGGCUGGUUUGAUCCAGAGGAACUAGAGAACUUCCGCAAGGAUAUCCAUUCAUUCCAAGCGAAUCGAAAUAGCAAAACUGAAGAGUAGUAUAGAUAGCAAGAUGGUGCCAAGUAUAUAAGUUGGCACCAUCAUUCAAUAUCGUAGUAUACACAAAUUACUGAGUUUUGUCUUCACUGGCAGCUCAUUGAGGAAUUUGAAUCAAAGUGCUGAGUUUCAUCUUCCCUGGCGGCUCGUUGAGGAAAUUUGAACAUUGUUCGAGAAUCUGUUGUAGUUCAGGUUUAUGUAUGGAAGAGGGUUUAUGCAUGGAAGAGGGGAGAGAUUUUUGGUUGCCCGGACAUAGAGCUUCAAUGACAGAUAGUACCUGGUUCUGCAGACUCUUGGUGUUCCCUUUCCUCAAAGAAGCUUAGAUAUUACUAGAUUUAUCGUAUUCAAGCAAUUGAACGUUGUAGCUGUACCUGUACAUUAUAUCAGGAACUACUAGGUGAGAUUACCGUCACCCUUUGGAUAUAUUUUAGCAGGGGUGCAUUCCAUGUACUAGUGUAUGUAUUCACACUUUAGAGGUAUUAUUAUAUGAGACCUGGGUAAUACAGUUACAGUCGCGUACUCU